AUGAGGCUGAAAUCAUCGAGGUUAGGUUACAUAUUACUUCAAUUUAUCACCCUGUGUUUUUACACUCAGAUGACGAUGCAGUCCGUCUCUGUACCCAAUUUUAAGCACCAUGUAACGGAGCAGAGUCGUCUCUCGGACAGGAUGAGUCGGAGAUUAACAAGGACUUAUCAGCUCUAUAGCCGGACUAGUGGUAAACAUGUACAAGUCCUGGGCAAUAAGAGGGUCAACGCCAUUGGCGAGGAUGGAGAUAUUCAUGCAAAACUUGUUGUGGAAACCGACACAUUUGGAAGCCGGGUUCGAAUCAGAGGAGCAAAAACAGGAUACUACAUUUGCAUGAACAAGAGAGGCAAGCUUAUUGGACGGAGGAAGGGCCGUGGCAGGGACUGUAUAUUCACCGAGAUUGUUCUGGAAAAUAACUACACGGCUUUGCAGAACGGUAAGUACAAAGGCUGGUACAUGGCCUUUACACGCAAGGGCCGACCUAGGAAAGCCACGCAGACCCAGCAGCAUCAGCGAGAGGCCCAUUUCAUGAAACGUCUUCCUCGAGGACACCUGUUAACAGAACAGAAACCUUUCGAUUUAAUCCCAUAUCCCUCUAACAAGAGGACUAAGCACCAUCAGCGCACAAGCGUGAAUUGAGGGCAGAAUCGUAUCUUAUACCCGAGUGCUAUCUUAAUUUGAGUUUAUCUAAUCUAUGUGCAUCCAGAGUUACUGGACAUCACGCCGAACUGAUGUUGUGUAAAAAUGAAGGAGUCUGCACAGGCUCAGAUCUGAGAUGAAUCACAGUACGAAGGACAGUUUGUUCUGGGAUAAUUACUGAACUGUUGACUGAA